AGAAGGUAUAUGCCGGCAUCUCUUAACAGAAUAUGCCGGUAUCUGGCGGAAGAUUUUCCUCCGUUUGAUUUUAAACUCAAGAGCCCUGGGCGGGAAUUUUCACUUCCUAUGGCUGCCGUGUCGAAGAGGCAUGCGAGGAGCGAUGGCGCUGCGAUGGCGCCAGGGGAAAUUCCUGGCGCGGAUGCCGAUCUUGGACUAGAUCUGUCAAGCGACAUCCAGGGUAUUCUCACGGCCCUCCAGCAAGUGCGCAAGAAGGCGAAGACUGAUGGCCAGAAGAAGAACGAGGAGAUUCUCAACAGUGUCAAGUCGGACAUUCUUUCCCUAGCGGACGAAGCGAAGCUCAAAUCCGACAAGGAGAGGCAAACUCUCCUCAAGGCUGCUACGAAGCUGGCGAAAGAAUGCGAGGCAUCGUUAAAAGCCGAAGCCACAAAGUACCAGUCAAUCUACGAGAAGUUCUGCAAAGAAAGAGAGGAUCAUCUUCGAUCAUACGAAGAUACUUUCUCCAAGUUCGAAGAGGGUAAAGAGGCCUUGCUCACGCGACUUGAGCAGCAGAUGUUUUUUCUCUACAGGGAAAAAGGAGAAAACGCUUGUGAGUGACCUGCAAAAGAGCUGCUCGGACAAAAUCGCAGCAGCCGAGGAACAAGUCAAGAAGAAGUCUCAGGAAGACAAAUCCUUCACCAUGCUUCGAAAGACACUGGGAUCCUUUUUCGAAGACAUUGAAGACUAGAGAAAGUUCGACAAGAUCGA